GUUUUCCCUGCCAUUGCGACUGGACACGAUGCGGAACAGGUGCUCUCUUCGUCUUAAAUCGCCGAAAGUUCGGCAAUCAUGGAGCAAAUACAACCUCUACAACCUCCAGCGCCUGACUCCCCCCUACACGACCACUAAAACAUUCUUUCAGCAAAAAUGGGCCGCAAAAUCCCUUGCCCGUGCCUAUCACGGAGAACAAGUACGCGAGGGCCAGUGGGAGCGGAUGUUUGCACGCCGUCCGAGAUCCGUAGUUCCAAUGGAUGCGAGAUACCUAGCGAGAAACGACGGUUCGCUCGAGUCUGCCGGGCGAGGUUCCGGGCUAGAACAACCGCCAUCUAAAGGCGGCGAGGAGGGAAAAGUGUUUCGGAGGUCCCUUCCGCCGACGCCGUACAUGCAGAUGACUUUUGCACCGCUUGAACGAAGAUUGGACGUGGCUAUCUUCCGUGCCAUGUUCGCCAGCAGCACGAGACAGGCAAGACAAUUUGUUGUCCACGGGGCAGUUACAGUGAAUGGAAAAAAGAUGCAAUAUCCAGGAUAUUUACUCAACCCGGGCGACCUUUUCCAAGUUGACCCGGAGCGUGUUAUGUUUGCCACAGGUGCCCCAAAAGAUGCCAAAGAGAGACGCGCUGGCCGUAUCCGACGACGUCUAGGCCGCACCGCACAAGAACAGGACACCGAGAAGGCAGAAGACAAGAAGGAAACGAAACAAAAGGAAGAGACCAGUGAAUCCAAGGAAGAACCGGAAGAUCCUCGCAAGACGCUCAAACAACUUUUAUCGCAGGCCAAGGCGAUCAUGUCGAACAGCAAAGACAACAUUCCCGCCAAACGUAGACAAGAGAUACGCGGCUUCCAGCGCGCAGUCCGCCGAGUGCUUUCCCGCUCGAGUUCCAGUACCGUCUUAACUGAUAACCUCGAAGCACAGUUCCACGAACUCAAGGCCAUCCUAACCAAGGACGUUGAACUGGCUUCUGCCUCCGAAACAACCGAGAGCUCCGAAACUGCACGACCUCAACCUUCCGAAGAUGCCUCUUCCCCUGCUAACACGAAAUCUACCGACUCUGCAUCCAUGGAAAACCUAACCAAGGCCCUCAAAGAAGCAUCUCUCAACCCUUCUCAACUACUAGACGCCUCCACCUUCACGUCCCUCUCCAACACCGAUCUAGACGUCCUCAAAGAAGCCCUCAUCCAAAUCCACGAAAACCCCAUCGACAGCACAAAACCAUACGCCACUCCCUGGCGCCCACGCGACUACAUGAGCGCCUUCGCCUUUAUCCCGCGAUACCUGGAGGUGAAUCACAAGAUCUGUGCCGCUGUUUACGUCCGACAUCCCGUGGCCAGACCGGGAAUGGCCGAAGUUCCCACUCCAUUCAACGAGACGAUUGGAGGUGCAGCGUUCGCAUGGUACUUGAGAAGAAGAUGAAGAACGAAAAACAGCCAAGUACAUACAUAUGAGGAGUUAUGUUCUUUUAUAUAAUCAGUGUUUUGGGGGAGUUUUGGGAUUUUCACUUUCCGAGUAUGUAUGCGACAGCAGUGAAGAGCAAAGUUUUGAUUUUUCCCGCGGGAUUAAAUCUACCCGCCUUCAUGUACGCCCGUGUUUCUGAGCUGCUGGAUGUACUUUUAUAAAGGGCAUUUGUUAGACGAACUUCUGUAUUUGUACGAUAGUUGUAUAGAUACCUGGCUUUCCCAUCAACUUUCAAGUGCAUGCAUGCAAGAGCGUUUCGGCGACGUCGCCAAAGAUUUUAGAAAGACAUAAGAAAAAGGCCAAUCGCGUCGUGGUAUUUUAUGUAGCUCUUAAAUUACAAGCAAAAAAAAAAGAGAAAAUAAAACCAAAGGGAAGGGAAAUGAAAGUAUCCGGCAGUAGGUCAUACAGGGUUUGGGCCCAAAUAUAAAACAACGUUUUCAGCAAGAGAAGAGGGUGGGAAGGGAGGGAAAAAGCGAGAAAGUGUUCUAAUAGUAGAAAGUCUCUUCGACCGUACGUCCACGCAUCCAGAGAGGCUCGCUGCCGCGGACGUAGAUGUCCUCAAACAGAAUGCGAGAAUUGGCGUCUGGAACAGGCAUCUUCUCAGCCUCCGCGACCUCAGAGUCAACAAAGCUGCGGGUCUCCUUGUCGAUUGUCUUCAGCUCCUCUUCGGUCGUAACAUUCCAGUCCAGCAGCUUGUGCUUAAGUCCUGCGAUUGGAUCGUUGGUGCUACGCAUGCGCUGGAUCUCUUCACGGGUUCGGUACGUGGUGCCGGGAUCGGACAUGGAAUGACCACCGUAUCUGUAUGUGACGUAUUCGAAGACGAGGGGUCCGUGUCCAGCGAGAGUGUAUUCGCGGCCGUACUUGACGGCGGCCUUGAUGGCAAGGACGUCCAUUCCGUUGAUCUUCAAACCUGGGAUGUAUUGGCCACGUUUGUAAUAAUCGGUCAUGGCAGCAGCACGGUUAGCCGCGGUACC